CUGUGACAGGGUAGUUGCAGGCGGUGCCGGAGCGGGCGGACGGGGCGGGGUGGAGCGGGAAUGGAGAGAUCACGGAGUCGGAGACCGGAGUGAGGGGCAGAGGCCAGCAGCCCGAUAGACAAACGGUGGUAACAGAAGCCGGGAGACGGACGGUAACUGAGGUCGGGAUGAGUAUUAGGCCGUGAGAGGGAACCUACUAUGAGCCGUGGAGGAUGGAGGAAACGUGCCAGCGAAGGGGAUGGCUGGAGAGACUGGGGUGGCUACAUGGCAGCAAAGAUGGACAAACUAGAAAGGCAAUUCAAAUCAGAAACUUCUCUUCAACAAGAAAAUGAAGGGACAGUGUCUUGUAUUUUCAGAGGUGUUGCAAUUUUUGUCAAUGGUUACACAGAGCCAACGGCUGAAGAGCUGCGAAGGCUUAUGAUGCUGCAUGGAGGCCAGUAUCAUAUGUACUAUUCAAGGUCUAAAACUACUCACAUUAUUGCCACUAACCUUCCAAAUUCAAAAAUCAGAGAACUGAAGGAAGAGAAAGUUGUUCGCCCCAAUUGGAUUACCGACAGUAUAAAAGCUGGACAUCUCCUAUCUUACAUCCCCUAUCAGCUGUAUACCAAGCAGUCAAGUGUCCAAAAAGGAUUGAACUUCACUGUGAGCAAGCCUGAAGAAUCUAUGCCAGGCCCGAGCAAUAUUUGUAAACUUAAUAGAAACAUAAAGAGUGUCACUAACAACCAAGAUAAUGCCAAAUACAAGGAGAACUCAAACGAGACCAACAAUGGAAUGAAUGGAUGUGACAAAAAAAGUGAGGACUUUGAGCUGACAGAAUUGGAGCAUGCUUUUCCUAAUGUAAAUCAUAAUGGAGUUCAUAGUUGUAGAGACCAUUUUCCACUUCAUAAAAGGAAUGAGCCCAAUUCUCAUAGUGCCUUAAAAAAGCAGGAUUAUUUAAAACAUUGCAGUGAAACUUUGUGGGAAAAGGAAAUUGAAAUUCCCGAAAGGCUGGAAGAAGAAAAUGAUGACUGUGAAAUGCCGAUCAGGAACUGUGAGAAGCAGUUUGCAGAAGGCAAUGCUUUGCUGUCUGAUUAUAUUAGGACUGCUGCACCAUCUUCAUUAAAUGAGUGCUUUAAAGUAAAUGGGGCUAACCACUCCACUGUUCAAGGAAUUCCAAAAAUGAAAAGCAGUUUGGAGACUUCACCCAACAAGGCAUCUUCCCGUAGGUCUUCAAAAUCGGCAGAUCCGAGUUUUAUAUCCGAGUUUUAUGCCCAUUCAAGACUGCAUCACAUUUCAACAUGGAAGAGUGAAUUUUCAGAAUAUGUGAACAGACUGCAGAGACAAAGUAAUGGCAUUUACCCAGGCAGAGAAAAACUGAAAAGGAUUAACUCAGGCACAGCAAAUACUGUAGAUCCAUCAAGAAAACAGAAUUGUAUAAUGCACAUUGAUAUGGACUGCUUCUUUGUAUCAGUGGGCAUUCGUGAUCAUCCAGAACUGAAAGGAAAGCCAGUUGCCGUUACCCACAACAGAGGUCAUGGUCACAUGCCUAUCCGACCAAACACGAACCAACAGUUUGAAAUGCAGUAUUACCAAAAGAAGUUAAUGAAAGGCAAGAUAGAAGAGAAAAAAGUGCCUGAUAAAUUAGAUGGCAGCACCUGGGAGAAUCCAAAUCCUGCCUGUGUGAAUGGUACUAGCGUGGAUGUGAUGGCCUUGUCCAUGUCAGAAAUUGCAUCCUGUAGCUAUGAAGCAAGACAGGUUGGAAUUAAGAAUGGCAUGUUUUUUGGACAAGCAAAGCAACUGUGCCCUGAUCUUCAGGCUGUCAGCUAUAACUUCAAAGCCUACAAAGAAGUGGCAUCAAUUUUGUAUGAAACUCUGGCAAGUUAUACUUGUGAUAUUGAAGCUGUCAGCUGUGAUGAAGCUCUUGUAGAUGUAACUGCCAUUUGUGCUGAAACUGGAUUGACACCUGAUGAGAUAGCAACUGUGAUUCGCUCUGAGAUCAAAGAGAAAACAAAAUGCACUGCAUCAGUUGGAAUGGGAUCAAACAUUCUGCUGGCCAGAAUGGCCACCCGUAAGGCCAAACCAGAUGGACAAUAUUAUUUAAAACCAGAGGAAGUUGAUGAUUUUAUCAGAGAUCAACUUGUGAGCAAUCUGCCAGGAGUUGGAAGGACAUUAGAAAAUAGAAUGGCAUCUAUUGGUGUUAAAACCUGUGGAGAACUCCAGCAGAUUUUGAUGCCAACACUUCAAAAGGAAUUUGGGCCUAAAACAGGCCAAAUGCUUUACAGAUUUUGCCGUGGUUUAGAUGAUAGGCCAGUUCGAACAGAAAGGGAUCGCAAAUCUGUAUCUGCAGAGAUCAACUAUGGCAUUCGGUUUAGUCAGACUAAAGAAGUUGAGGUGUUUCUUUUCAACCUUGCAGAGGAGAUCCAGCGACGACUGGAAAUGUGUAAAAUGAAGGGAAAGCGUCUAACUCUUAAAGUAAUGACGAGAAAAGCUGGUGCACCAACGGAACCGGCUAAGUUUGGUGGACAUGGAAUUUGUGACAGUUUUACCAGAAGCGUAACAUUGGACCAUGCAACAAGCAAUGGAAAAAUAAUCAGCAGAGAGGUACUACAUAUGUUCCAUAUGUUGAAGCUGAAUGUGACGGAUCUGAGAGGGGUUGGAAUUCAGAUGCAUCAUUUAACCCCAGACUUUAAAGCUUCUUUUGCUCCCAUUUCUUCAUUUGUGCAAAAUAAUUCAACUACUGGGGCUUCGUGUUCAAAGGUGGACAUUUUUCAGGCAUCAAGAACCCAAAAAGCUGUGCAAAACAGGCUUUCAGAAGACCCAGAUGGUAUACAGAAGAAGACGGCAGAAGCAGGAAGUCCUGUUUUGCUUUUACCUCAUCGAGAUACAAAUCUCAAUGGUGCAGAAAUCUCGAUAAAAUCUGCUGGAGCACACACCCCUGAGAAUGCAGUCACCCAUAACCUCCAACGUGACGUUAGUAUUGAAGUGCCAUCCCCUUCUCAGAUAGAUCCUUCUGUUUUGGCUGCACUUCCUCCAGAUAUUAGAGAGCAGGUGGAACAGACAUACUCGGCUCAACAGCAGCCUAAUUCUACAGCUACCCAUGUCAAAGAAUCAGCGAAAAGCACUGUUACUGGACAAGUACCUGUGUCAAUGGGGACAGUAAUUCUGGAAUUACCUGGACCUCAGGAACCAAGCAACACUGCUGGAAUGAUUGUAGCCCUCCCAGCUUUUUCACAGGUUGACCCUGAGGUUUUUGCUGCCUUGCCCACUGAUGUACAAGAAGAACUGAGAGUUGCUUAUGAUCAAAGACAUCGGCAAGGCAUGAAGAAUCCAUUGCUUCAAUUAAAGAAUACCAUUCCUGAAAAGUCAAAGAAACGUUUCAAGAAGAAUCAGACCAGUCCCACUAAAGUUCAGAGUCCUCUUAAAAAUAAGUUAACUGUCAGUCCGCAUAAAGUGUUGCCUGACUUGAUCCGACAUGACCACCAAGUUGAAGAAAAUCUUCAGGUUGAUCCUGGCAAUUCCGCUUCUGACCAGCAACAUAAAGUGUCCUCUCAGUGUGAAAUUAGCACUGAUUUAGUUUAUUUGAGAGCCAACCUCGCUGGAGCCUAUGAAUUGAAAGAUGUAAAAUCACUUCUGAAAGAAUGGGUUACAACUAUUGGGGAGCCAGUGGAAGAGGACAUUUUGCAGGUUGUAAAGUAUUGCACUGAUCUCAUUGAAGAAAAAGACCUGGAAAAGUUAGACCUGGUGAUUAAGUACAUGAAAAGGCUAAUCCAGCAGUCAGCAGACUCCCUGUGGAACAUGGCUUUUGAUUUCAUUCUUGACAAUGUUCAAGUUGUGAUGCAGCAAAUCUAUGGAAGCACGUUAAAAUUUACAUGAAAGGACAACGCUAGUGAAAUUUUUAAAAUCUAAUACACUGGAGCCUGGAGCUCCCAUCUUGUGCCAUAAAUCCUUUGUGAAGCUCUUAAAAUUUGCAUGGUAGUAACACAUUGUGUUUUUAUGAAAACAUUUCUGAUAUUGAAAAAACAUUUUGUAGGUUUUUUUCUUGGCAAAAAAAUUGUGUGCCAAAUUCUUGUUGGAGUUGCAUGUAAAUAAUUGUGUUGUAAAAAGUAUCAUGUAUG